AUGUGGUGGUGUCCGGUACCGGCCAGUUUAAUUCGCCACCUGUUGCUACUGGAAUUGGAGCGGCUCGGUGUGGUGUUGGGUUCGCCCGACGUCUACCUUCCCGUUCCCCCUCCUCUAACUCCCCCGAUUCUUCCGUGGCCCGGCGUGCUUCCCUCUGGAAGCCUUUCUCAGGUCUGCCUCCCCUUCCAGUCGCUCCUCCUCAUCCGCCACCUCGUCCGCCCCGCGAUGCCUAUAUCGAUUGGUGAUGAGUAUUAUUCGUACUCGCCGCGGCCCUUUGUCGUGGCGUCGGCUGCAAUUGCCCCUCCAGCCGUGUCGUCCUCGGCGCCUGCGGCUAUGGGGAUGUUGCCUCUUCCCGCACCUCGAUCUGUGCCGUCAUCUGUGACUCAGGCUGGCCUUGUCCUUGCGCCUGCUGCGGCGCCCGUUCCCGUCGUAGCGUUGAUGUCUGCGCCUGCCGCGGGACCUGAUCCCGCGCCCGCGUCGUCGCCCGCUCCAGCGCUCGCCUUGGCGUCUGCUCCUGCGCCCGCUCCUGGGCUGGCUGCGGCGUCCGAUCCUGCGCACCCUCCUGCGCCCGCGCCGGUGGUUCCAUCUGUCCCCGUGGGGGUGUCGGCGCCCUUGCCUGCAGUCGCGGCGUCGUCUGGUGCUGAUGGGGCAGCCUCCAUGCCGCCACCUGCCGCUGCUGCUGCGGACCCGACUUACCGGCCACCUCCAGCCACCAGCGCCGGCCUAAGCUCGGCGGAGGUUCAAUCGGCUCGCGCGUCGCCUCCGGUUGCUCCUGCUCCUCUGCCUGCGGCAACACCAGCGCCGCCUCCGACUGUCCAAGUGGGUCCAGUUCCCGCACCCCUUGCUCCUGUUCCCCCUGCUCAACGUCAUCCUCGUGGAAGCGGUCCAGGGCAUGUCUGA